CCAUAAUGUGGCCAGUGAGUGUAGAAAUGUCCAGGGCCCAGCAUAAGUGAGAACAAUGCCUCCGGGUUGGCGUAUGGGGAGGCAUAGUGCCCAGUCAUUGGUAUCAGUGGGAGGCACAGUGCCCCGUCAUUGGUAUCAGUGGGAGGCACAGUGGGAGGCCCCGUCAUUGGUAUCAGUGGGAGGCACAGUGCCCCGUCAUUGGUAUCAGUGGGAGGCACAGUGCCCCGUCAUUGGUAUCAGUGGGAGGCACAGUGCCCCGUCAUUGGUAUCAGUGGGAGGCACGGGGAGGCACAGUGCCCCGUCAUUGGUAUCAGUGGGAGGCACAGUGGGAGGCAGUGCCCCCGUCAUUGGUAUCAGUGGGAGGCACGGUGCCCCGUCAUUGGUAUCAGUGGGAGGCACGGCGCCCCGUCAUUGGUAUCAGUGGGAGGCACAGUGCCCCGUCAUUGGUAUCAGUGGGAGGCACGGUGCCCCGUCAUUGGUAUCAGUGGGAGGCACGGCGCCCCGUCAUUGGUAUCAGUGGGAGGCACAGUGCCCCGUCAUUGGUAUCAGUGGGAGGCACAGGCGCCCCGUCAUUGGUAUAAGUGGGGGAGGCACA